AUGGUGUACGUAGCACUCCAUCUGGGUGCAGGAACACACAGUCAUGAAAACUACGUACGGUAUAAGCGGUUAGCGAAGAAGGCAUGCGAGCUGGCGAUCAGCGAGGUCAAAGCAGGAAAGUCAGUUGGAGAAGCCGCUGUCAGCGCUUGUCGGGUGCUAGAAGAUUCUCCUUUGGUCAACGCAGGAUAUGGAUCUCAGUUGGAUAUUGAUGGAGAUGUUGCUUGUGAUGCCGGAUAUAUCGACACUGACUUUGUCAGACCAGCGUGUGUCUCUGGAAUAACUCGAUCACAUCCUAUUUCAACAGCUAAGGCGCUCUCCCAGUCCUAUAAAGCUCCUUCGCUCCCUCUUGAACGACACAGACCGGUCCAUAUCCAUGGUCAGGAGAACGUAGAGUCAUAUUUGGGCAUAGAGGGUGAUGUUGAUCUUAAGAGUCCAGAGGCUACAAGGGUGUGGGAAAAGUGGAAAAGAUUGGAACAGAAUGCACAGGUUCCUUCCUCAGUUCCAGAAGAUACUGUUGGCGUUAUUGUUGGUGACAAGGAACAUAUGGCGAUUGCAACUUCUUCAGGAGGUCCCAUUUUGAAAAGCAAAGGACGAGUGGGGCCAGUAGCCACUUAUGGGUGUGGCUUUAGCUUACAAAAAGGCUCACGAACCAUAGGUGUUUGUACCACUGGUUGCGGAGAAGACAUUAUCACCUCGAGAUUGAGUGGGCGGGUUUUGGAGGCACUCGCUGAGGCACAGGAACCAGAUACAGGGAUCAGUGCAUUAUUUGACAAGCUACAGGGUUCAUUUCAGAGCAGCCCUGUGACUCUGGGAUGUCUGGCCGUGGUGUAUGAGGAGGGCCAUGUCAGCAUAUACAGUCUUCACAAAGCGCCGUCAAUGAUUUCUGCGGUAAAAAGUGGCCAUGAUAAAACCAACAUUCAGUGGUUACAAAAGGACCCCAAUACCGUGGUUAGCUCUAUACAGAUAUAUAGAGAGAGGUGA